CACCUUAUCUCACACAUGGCGGCAUGGCCUCCAGUGAAACCAGGUCUCGUUUUGCUCAAUCCAUCCACCAGACAUUGAAAAAUGGAGCCAGCUCUCCCUCCCUCCUUCAGGAAGCCUUUGGAAAAGCCUCUGGAAACGACAAUGAUAAGAAAUCUAUAUUUGAGCAAUCCUUUCGUGACGUGUUGAGGGAUCUCAUUGCAAAGGAUCCUCUCGUCUCCUCUUUUAGCUCUCUCGUCUCCCUAUCAGUCCUUUGUGCCGAGUCUCAGAUAUGCUAUCAUUCUGUUCCUUUCCUUCUCCUCUCUGAUGCCUUUGAUUGCAUUACCCUCGACUUCUGUGAAAAGCUAUUUGAUACCGUCGAGUCUCAUGUGACAGUGUGGACUAAACAGGAUUUCUUUUCUUCUGGGAGGAUUCUUCUCCUACGAAUGUGUAAUGACCUCCUUCGACGUCUCUCCUCGUCCCUCAACACCGUCUUCUGUGGACGGAUUCAGCUCUUCCUUGCUCGUCUUUUUCCUCUCUCUGAGAAAUCUGCCCUAAACCUCAUGAGUCACUUCAACUUGGAGAAUGUCACGUCAUUCAAGACCCUGCAGACACCUCCCUCUUCCAGUGAACCCCAGAAACCUCCCGGGGGUAAUACCAACGAAGACGGCGAGGAUAUGGAAAUUGAUGCCCUGGAUCAAGAGACGGGUAUGACUCCAGUUGAUUAUAACCUGUAUGAGAAACUCUGGACUCUACAGGAUUUCUUCCGACAUCCGGUCCAGUGUUUUCACUCUGAUCGCUGGAAGAAAUUUACUGGAACAGUCCAAGAGGUACUCCAGUCAUUCUCUAGCUAUAAACUAGAAGACAUUCAGAGCAAGAGAAGGAAGCUACAGUCUUCAGAUGAAGGAAUGGAUACCUUGUCACCGUACACCAGUUCGCAUUAUUUCACUAAAUACCUUACCAGUGAGAAUUUGCUCUCCCUGCAACUCAGUGACUCUCAUUUCCGUCGCCACGUUCUCAUCCAGUUCCUCAUUUUGUUUCAGUACUUGACUGGGGACGUCAAAUUUAAGAACUCGUCUCAGGUUUUGAGUGAGUCUCAUUCCUCGUGGGUCACCGAAACCACAAGUAAAGUGUAUCAGUUGCUUGAGGAAACUCCACCCGACGGCAAAUCUUUUGCCGAAUACGUGAAACUUGUCAUUCAGAGGGAAGAGACUUGGAUAGCAUGGAAGAAUGGGGGUUGUCCCUCGUUUGAAAAAACCAAUUCAAAACCUCCCAACAGAGGAGGGGGAGGAGAUACUAAGGAGAGAUUAGGCGAGAGGUUGUUUGCAAUGAAAGAGGAGAAGGACAUGGGGAGCAAAGAACUAUCACGACUAUGGAACCUAUGCCCUGAUAAUCUUGAGUCCUGUUCGUCGCCCGAGCGUAUCUUUGUACCUCCUUUAGAAAUCUUUCUCGAGGAGCCGCUAGAGGAGAUGAAGCCUAACUGUGAGAUACCCAAAGAAGACAGGUGGAUAUCGAAUCCUAAUUUCCGCUGGCAGGCACUGCGGCUUCUCUCGUGUGAGAGCACUCAUUUCUUUCCGAUUGCAAACCAGUCAUCGAUGAGACCUCUUGAAGAGUAUCUUGAUCACGUCAUACUCCAGACUUCAAAGGAAUUUUAGAAAGUUAAUGUUGUUAAUAUUGACUUUGUAUUGAAUAUUUUGAAUAUUUAGUGAGAGAUGAAAUUAUUGUACAACAAUAUAUCAGGUCGUGAUGUUUUGAAUGCAUGUUUUUGUUGCUAUUAUUAAAUGGGCCAUGCCCUUUGGCAUGUGUGAAUAGCA